AUGGAAUACGAUACAUUCCUGGACCCUACCGACCCACUUACUGCCGGUGCCCAGGUGCUCUUUGGAGCCAUUGCGAGCUUCAUGACUGGGCUUGCAGAUACGCCAGGAAAUAUUGUGCGUGAUCUUGGUUCUGCUGCUCGCGCAUUACGCCAGCCCCGCGAACAUUUUGAUCGCCACGCAGCAUGUCGGGCAGCAAUUUCUUCACUGGAUCGAUUAAGCGAGGAAGUACAGAUUGAAAAUGAGGGCCAGCAAUUGCAGAUUGAGAAUGAUGAGCAAGAAAAUAGAGAAAUCCGAGAAGAGGAGAGUACACAGGAAGAUACUGCUGAUACGGACCGUGAAAACCCUGUCAACGACAUCGAUCGAAUCCGGAGCAUGGAGCGCAAAAGGAAUCUCCAGCUCGAAAAGGCCAAGACAAUGAGCAGCUCGAUGACGCCCCCACAACCACCUAAAUUCGCCAUUUUACACGAAGCUGCGUCACACGGAUGUAAAAUGUCGAAGAAGUUAUUGAAGGUAGUCAUAUGGUUACCAACCGAUUUGUCACUGAGCAUGGCCCGAGGUUUCCACAACGCUCCCAAAUUAUAUCACGACCCGACAGUAACCGACAUCCCCCAGGUGGUCAGCCUUCGAAACGGUUUCAGGGCGGCAGGAGAGGAGCUCAGAGACGGACUCUACUUCGGUAUCACGGGCCUAGGAACACAUCCGCGUGAUGGUCUUAAGCGUGAAGGCGCUAAGGGGCUCCUCAAGGGGAUCGGGAAAGCAAUGGGUGGGGUUUUUCUCAAGCCCACAGCGGGGCUAUGGGGUCUAGCAGGAUAUCCAUUGAGCGGGGUACUCAGAGAGAUCAACGACUCGCUAGGCAGGCAUCAAAAAUGCAUGAUUGUAAUGGGUCGCAUUUCGCAGGGACUUGAAGAGAUGCGAGAGUCCAUGGCCCAGGAAAGGGCAGAGGUAUCCAGGCGGUGGAUUACGAUUGAACACGACUUGAAAAAGUCGAAUAAAAGUCACAGCCAUUUGCAUACAACCUUGUGA